GAUGGCGCUGAAGGCAGACUUAGUGUGUUGAGAAUUGUAGGAUGCCAGCUUGCUAAGGAUAGGAAGAUGUCAGGGUUAUCCAAAAAAGAGCGUGAGGGUUGUAUUAAAAUACUGAAACGUCUGUCAUAUGCCGAUUUAUUCGCUCUCAGCGAUACCGUAACUAACAGGAUGAUUGUGGUCGAGAACAUGAAAGAGGCAAUGGAAGCUAUCCUUACCUACACCCAGAGUGCAGAGGAGCUAUUGAAGCGAAGGAAGGUGCACCGUGACAGUAUAUUUAAAUAUCUGGCCGAUGAGGGUGAAAUCAUGCCGCCCACAGCUGACAAGAAUCAGCUUGUGAAGAGGGCUCUACAGUUUUGGUCCUCUGCGAACACGGUGCCAGCGCAAGCCAGUGACAAAAAGGAGGAUAUUUCCAGUGCAGGGGAGGGCAUCAGUGACUACCAGGCCCUGGGACAGCAGUUCUGCCAGUGGUUCUUCCAGGUUCUGAAUACACAGAAUCCCACACUGGGCCAACCAGCGCUGGACUGGGGGCCCCAGCACUUCUGGGAGGAUGCACGCCUGACACUCUGCUGCCUGACAGAGCAGCAGCAGCAGAAUGAGGAUUUCCAGGGGGCGCAGGGAGUGAGCUUUCGUCUCCUGGCCCUUGUUAGGGAUGAGAAUAUCUUCUUCUGCCCCAACCUGGAGCCCCACGGGCUGAAAUGCAUCACCUCGCCUCAUGGGCUGGUAGUGGUGGCUGUGGCAGGGACCAUACACCGGGAGCGAGCCUGUCUGGGCAUCUUUGAGCAGGUAUUUGGCCUUAUCCGCUCCCCGCUGGACAGCAAUAGCUGGAAAAUUAAAUUUGCCCAUUUGAAAAUAAGAGGGCAGAACGCACUUGCAGGGGGAGAGAACGUGACAACGCCAGCUUUGACCUAUGACUCUAGAGACCUCCAGCUCUUUUGUGAAUAGUGAUUCAACUGUGCACUUUAUACAAAUGGUUUAUGCUUUAUUCUUUUGGAAUGGAA